AUGAGCGAAUACGGCGACGACUAUUCCGACUAUGGGGAGGAAUGGUUCUACGUUGAGGAGGAGUUUAUGGCGGCCGACGAUUUGGCAGAGCACGCUGUAGCUUCACCACCGCCUACCACAUAUGCGGAUGAAGAUGCUGCCGAAGACUGGGAUAGGUUCGACUAUUUCAAUGACCUCGAGUAUGCGUCAGACGGAUACGAUGACGCCAUCUUUCAGGUGCACGAUGCCAAAGGCGCGAAGACGGGAGAGAAGAGAAAGCGGCAUAUAAAGCCUAGCCAUAGCAAGAAGAGGCAGCGAGUACUAGGGGACACAGAGGCAGCAGCGCUGGGCAUGUCACCUAUCGUCUGGCGCUCGCAGGCCAAUCGAGGUCUACAAUCCAAGCUGCUCGAUGAAAAUGCGCAGACAUACACAGUGCUUCAAGAUUGGAGGAAGACACUCAAGGACACACCACAGUGGGCCCGGGGUCCACCAUCUCAAUCACCGAAUGUGCAGGCUGCAAGAGAACAGAAACACGUAGCAGAAGUUGCUGGUAGCGCAGAGCCCGUUUCCCCUCCCUCUGAGCUGGACGCAGAAGACGAAGGUGCACAUGAAGACGAGAUGGACAUCGAUCCAGGGGCAUUGAUGGCUGCACUACAGAGUCGACUCGCUGAAGCCGGUGGGCCGUUGAACGGCAUGGACCCAAAACAAUUGCUAGACUUCGCCAUGAGAAUGGCUACAGGCAAAGAUGCUGGAGAUGAUAUAGCAGGUGAGAUGGCAGAAGCUAUGUUCGAUCAAGGCGAGGAAGGCGACGAGGAAAAUCCUGAGGCCGAAGCAAACCUACUCUCUUGGGUAGCGCAGCAGCGCAACGGUACCGAGCCUCCCGCAAGUGCACCUAAUUCGACAACCACCGCCAACGACACCAAACGACCCCUAACUCCACCAAAAGAGAAAGCCGGUACAUGUGCAUCAAGCAGAACCGUCAAGGCCAGUCAGACGGAGACAAAGAGUCGCCCACAAGCCAAAACCUCUCUUAAACGGAAGGCAGGUGAUGAUGCCGAGAACGAGGCGUCUACAAAACAUACAAAGAAACGAGCCACAAGGACAUUUGAUGCGCCAACUGCAGUAUCUCAGGCAAGGAUAGCAUCGUCAAAGACAGCAAGAGGUGCACGGAAGAAGUGA